GACAAUGACCUUGUCAUUGACCUUGAAUGCAUCAAUUCACCGUUAUCGCCCUCCCAGACGUGACUUAAGUCAAAGCUACAACUUUAAGUCAACAUCUGAGAUGGUACAGUUAUGCAACACAUGCGGGACGCAGUCCGGCGUGUUCUGCUGACACGGCAGCUACGAAAAUAUCCGCACAGACGCUUAUCGCCUCAGAUAUGUGUUAUCUAAAUAUAUAAAUAGUGAUAAGCAGUGUGAUAAGUUAAAUUAUUUUGAUAAACAUUGAAUAAUGUGGUUGGUGAUUGUUUUGGGUGUGUUAUUAUGUCUCUAUGGGUAUUUUUACCGGAAGUUCCGCCAUUGGUCAUCACGUGGUGUGCCUACACUGGAGCCUAGUAUUCCCUUUGGUAAUAUAGGCAACCCAUUGACCAGGAAGCGUGCGUUUUAUGAAAGCGUCGCUGCGGUGUAUGAUGAGUUUAAGAAUUCAGCGCCGUAUGGUGGGUUUUACUCUUUGACCAUUCCGCAUUUGGUACCGAUUGAUAUUGGGCUUAUCAAGAGGAUUUUGUUGAUUGAUUUCGGGCAUUUUGUUGACCGUGGGUUGUUUUAUAAUGAGGAGGCGGAUCCGUUGAGUGCGAAUUUGUUUUUUAUUGGCGGGCAAAGAUGGCGGACUAUGAGACAGAAGUUAACCUCAACUUUCACUUCCGGUAAAAUGCAAUCAAUGUUUGCCAUCUUAACCCAAUGCUCCGGCCAUCUUGUAAACAAACUAAAACACUACCACGGCGACGUCCGUGAAGUCCUCGCAUGUUACUCAAUGGAAGUAAUCGGCUCCUGCGCAUUCGGCUUGGAUUGCGGAGGUCUAGGCUCAGAAGAAAGCGAAUUCCGCAGGUAUACCCGUAAAAUCUUCGAGUAUUCCCCAGGUAAAACCCUCAUGCGUCUCGCUUCCAUGUUAUGGCCAUGGUGGUGUCAAAUACUGGGUGUUAAAUUCAUCCCGCAAGAUGUCAGUGACUUCUUUAUUGAAGUAGUGAGGGAUACCAUCAAAAUGCGUCGAGAAAAAGGCUUGAAACGUAAUGAUUUCCUUGAUAUUUUGCUGGAACUUGAAGAUCAAGGACUUUUGGAUAAGAAGGAUUUCGCUGCGCAGUCUUUUGUGUUCUUUAUCGCUGGUUUCGAGACGUCUUCGACCACUUUAGGGUACCUGCUGUAUGAAUUAAGUAGGGAUAUUAGUAUACAGAGAAAAUGUCGUGAGGAAAUCAGGAGGACUUUUCCGGAUGGUGUCCUAACCUAUGAAAAAGUCAUGGGGAUGAAGUAUUUGGAUCAGGUUGUUGAAGAAACAUUGAGGUUAUAUCCGGUUUUACCAUUUUUGAAUCGUGAGUGUACAGAGGAAUACCAGGUCGAUGAGAAUUUGACCUUGAAACAAGGUGAGAAGAUAAUAAUACCUACGUUGGCACUACAUAUGGAUCCCGAGUACUUCCCACAACCGGAAGUGUUUGAUCCUGAGAGGUUUUCGGCUGGUAGGAGGGAUGAGAUCCGUGGUUGUACUUAUAUGCCCUUUGGGGAAGGGCCUAGGAAGUGUAUUGGGUUGCGUUUUGGCUUGAUGCAAGUGAAGGUUGGUUUGGUUUCUAUUUUGUCCAAGUUUGAGGUUAGCAGGACUGAUGGUACACCGGAUAAACUCGUUUGGGAUUGUAAUGGUUUUACGCUUAAGUCCAAGCAGGAUAUUGUGUUGAAUUUUAGUGAAUUGAAGGAGUAAUAAUUGAUGGAUUCAUGUGGAGUUUUUGUGUUUUGUUGAGGAUUAAAUUAUCUAUUGAAUGAUGGUAUUGUCAAUAAAUUUGAUCAAAUAUUGAAGGAGUUAUAAGGGUUUGAAAUUUGUUAUAGAUGUUUAGGUGAUAAUUUUGUAUUUUUUGUAUGUUUUAAUGAAUAUAACCUAGAAAUAUAUAUGGAAUGUGUAUAAUAUUAAUAUCGUUUUAUAGCCAAUUAAAUUAUCUAUCAUAUGAUGUUUUAUUCGUUGUUAGAGUGUAAAAAUUGAAGAAGUUACAGGGUUGUAAAGUUGAUAAAUAAAUAAUGACAGGACAAAA